AUGAUUGUAAAGCCAUUAUCCUCACGACCCGCCAACUCUGAAAGAUAUAUCAUUUGCAAAGGAUUAAGACGACGUCAGCCCAAUAUUGUAAACUAUUUAUUUGAUGCAAAUAUUAAGCUAGCUAAUCGUGACACAAUCAAGUCACUGGUCGAUUGUGAAACCAUGGAGAAGGAUGAGGCAUUUGCCAACUACUUGCGUGAAACAAACUCCAUUAUUGCCAAGUCUCAAAUGAAUUCCCUGCAACGCAUUAAGAAUGCCAUUGAAGACAAGUAUCUGGAGAUUUCAGAAACUCAAAAUAGGUUGAGGGAUUCCUGUCUUCAAGAAUGGAGAUUACCCAAUCCGCAAUCCACUCCUAAAGCAAAAUCAGACAAGAAUAAGCGUAAGAGAAAUGAUCAAGAUUCAAUACUAGGCCACCUCAACAUCAAAAACCAAAUACCUAUCACCAAUACUAAAUUAUUGUUUUGA